AUGGCGGUAGAAGCCGCCAUGGAUGCUCAAUAUCAAAACUUGCCUCCUCUCAAGAGAUUACGAUUGAUGCAGCGAGAUCUGGAACUUGCGCAGCCGAAGCUAGCGAGUCAACCGGAGGUGAAGUCGAUGCAGUUGCCGGCGAAGAAGAGGAAGCAUACUCGCGUUGACUACGAUGACGAUGGCGAGAACUCUAACCCCACUUACCGUUGUCUGCCGGCGAAGAAAAGGAUAUGGGCGAUUGAUCCGGAUCUGCUCUCCGGUAACCCCUUUUCGCCUUUUGAUCUGAAUGUUGAGUAUAAGCCUUCUGUUGAGGAGAACGGAACUAAGAAAAAGGGAUCUGUAACGGUUGAAUCGGGUUUAGAAGCAGAAGAUGAUAAUAAAGAGAAUAUUGAUCCUCUAGGGAAAGAACUUUGUUUGGAUCUGUCUGAUAGAGAAGUAGAGAAGGAAGAAGAAGAAGAAGAAGACUGUGUUAGUGGUAGUGAUCACUGUGAGCUUGAAGAAGUAGAAGAAGAUGGCAUUAUGUGUGCUGUAUGUCAAAGCACAGAUGGUGAACCAUCAAAUCCAAUCGUGUUCUGUGAUGGUUGUGAUUUAAUGGUUCAUGCUUCAUGUUAUGGGAACCCUCUUGUUAAGGCUAUCCCAGAAGGCGAUUGGUUCUGCAGGCAGUGUAUCGCAUCUCGUUCAUCGAAGAACCGAGAAAAGCUCUUCUCUUGCUGCUUGUGUACAAGCAAAGGUGGAGCAAUGAAACCGACAAAGGAUGGUCGAUGGGCUCACAUCACUUGCUCGUUGCUUGUCCCGGAAGUCUACUUUGAGGAUCCUGAAGGAAGGGAAGGGAUCUGUUGCAGCGAGAUACCGAGUAAGAGAUGGAGAGAUAGGUGUUACUUGUGCAAGAUUAGACGCGGUUGUGUUAUCGAGUGUUCAGAGAUGAAAUGUCAGUUGGCUUUCCACGUUACUUGCGGUUUGAAGGAAGAUCAUUGCAUCGAGUAUCGUGAAGGCAAGAAGAGUUGUGGUAUUGUUGUUGGUUUCUGCAGGGAUCAUACCAAGCUAUGGGAAAGGGAAAGUGGCAAGUACAAGAUUGUUGCCAGAAAUGAAGAUAAGAAGUAGGCAGAAAGCUGGAGAGUCGUCAUGAUCAUUCUUUUGCUUUGCAAAUCUGAAACUUCUUAUGGUUUUGGUUGUUUUAAAACGUUUUAUUUUUGUUUAUUUCAUGGUUAUGUGAUCAGUGAUUAGCUGGUGCUUAAUGCUUGUUAAGUUUAUGUUCUUUUCUCAAAGCUAAGUUAUGUUCUAAGUUAUGUCAUGAUGAUUAUCAAUAAACUAGGUAAUAUUGUUGUUUACACAUCUCAUAUAUUAUUUUACUCCA